AUAUGAGGUGGUGCUAAUUGCAUCUGAUAUGCUCUCUUUUCCUUUGUUCUCUUCCUUGAAACCCAAACAGGAUUUCCUUUCCUCCAACGCUGAGGAGGGUCAUGGAGAAGAGAGACAGACUUCCAGGGGAAAGGGCACCUUUGGUUUCAUUAGAUAUAGACCUUAAAAUGUGUGAAAUGUGGAACAUGCUUCAUUGAAUGAGCACACAUAGCUCACAUAAACAAACCCCAAAAGUGGUGAAACCAUUUAAAGGUAUGGAGUGUGGAAAGACUUUCACUGAUAGAACACAUCAGCCGACUCACAUGGGCAAGAAAGGAUUCAAAUGCAAGGAGUGCGGGAAGAACUUCAGUCAUAGUGGACACCUCAAUAUACAUCAACGGACUCACACAGGGGAAAAACCAUUUAAAUGCAUGGAGUGCGGAAGGCAAUUCAGUCACAGUGGAAGCCUAAAUAUGCAUCAACUGACUCACACAGGGGAGAAACCUUUUCAAUGUAUGGAGUGUGGAAAGUCCUUUCGUGAUAAUGGAACCCUUAGAAGACAUCAACGGACUCACACAGGGGAGAAACCAUUUAAAUGCAUGGAGUGCAGAAGGAGCUUUAGUGAUAGUGGAUCCCUUAGAAAACAUCAGCGGACACACACAGGGGAGAAACCAUAUGAAUGUAUGGAGUGUGGAAAGGGCUUCAGUUUCAAUGCAAACCUUAGACGACAUCAAUGGACUCACACAGGGGAAAAACCAUUUAAAUGCAUUGAGUGCGGAAAGAGAUUUAGUGAUAAUGGAAAACUUAGAACACAUCAACGGACACACACAGGGGAGAAACCAUAUGAAUGUAUGGAGUGUGGAAAGAGCUUUCAUGAUAAUGGAAACCUUAGAACACAUCAACGGACUCACACAGGAGAGAAACCAUAUGAAUGUAUGGAGUGUGGAAAGAGCUUUAGUGAUAAUAGAACCCUUAGAAGACAUCAACGGACUCACACAGGGGAGAAACCAUAUGAAUGUAUGGAGUGUGGAAAGAGCUUUAGUGAUAAUGGAACCCUUAGAAGACAUCAACAGACUCACACAGGGGAAAAACCAUUUAAAUGCAUGGAAUGCGGAAGAAAAUUCAGUCAGAGUGGACACCUAAAUAUGCAUCAACUGACUCACACGGGUGAAAAACCUUUUAAAUGCAUGGAGUGCGGAAAGAACUUUAGUGAUAAUGGAAAACUUAGAAGACAUCAACGGACUCACACAGGGGAGAAACCAUUUAAAUGUAUAGAGUGUGGAACGAGUUUUAGUGAUAAUGGAACCCUUAGAACACAUCAACGGACUCACACAGGGGAGAAAUCAUAUAAAUGUAUGCAUUGUGGAAAGAGCUUCAGUAAUAGUGGAAACUUCAAUUUACAUCAAUGGACUCACACAGGGGAGAAACCAUAUGAAUGUAUGGAGUGCGGAAAGAGCUUCAGUUUCAAAGGAAGCCUUAGAAGACAUCAACGGACUCACACAGAGGAGAAACCAUGUGAAUGUAUGGAGUGUGGAAAGAGCUUUAGUGAUAAUGGAACCCUUAGAAGACAUCAACAGACUCACACAGGGGAAAAACCAUUUAAAUGCAUGGAGUGCGGAAGAAAAUUCAGUCGGAGUGGACACCUAAAUAUGCAUCAACUGACUCACACGGGUGAAAAACCUUUUAAAUGCAUGGAGUGCGGAAAGAGCUUUAGUGAUAAUGGAACCCUUAGAAGACAUCAACGGACUCACACAGGGGAGAAACCAUAUGAAUGUAUGGAGUGCGGAAAGAGCUUUCGUGAUAAUGGAACCCUUAGAACACAUCAACGGACUCACACAGGGGAGAAGCCAUAUGAAUGUAUGGAGUGCGGAAAGAGCUUCAGUUGCAAUGGAAGCCUUAGAAUACAUCAACGGACUCACACGGGGGAGAAACCAUAUGAAUGUAUGGAGUGCGGAAAGAGCUUUCGUGAUAAUAGAACCCUUAGAACACAUCAACGGACUCACACAGGGGAGAAACCAUAUGAAUGUAUGGAGUGCGGAAAGAGCUUCAGUUGCAAUGGAAGCCUUAGAACACAUCAACGGACUCACACAGGGGAGAAACCAUGUAAAUGUAUGGAGUGCGGAAAGAGCUUCAAUUUCAAUGCAAUCCUUAGACGACAUCAACGGACUCACACAGGGGAGAAACCAUAUGAAUGUAUGGAGUGCGGAAAGAGCUUUCAUGAUAAUGGCAACCUUAGAAGACAUCAACGGACUCACACAGGGGAGAAACCAUGUAAAUGUAUGGAGUGUGGAAAGAGCUUUAGUGAUAAUGGAACCCUUAGAAGACAUCAACGGACUCACACAGGGGAAAAACCAUUUAAUUGCAUGGAGUGCGGAAGGAAAUUCAGUCAGAGUCGACACCUCAGCGUGCAUCAACUGACUCACACAGGGGAGAAACCAUAUGAAUGAUUUGUUCUCAGGAGCUAAGUUUUGUGCCUCACUGUGGUCCCAGUCAUAACUGUAGCCUUUGAAAGCUCAGUAAACUAUUACUGAAGAAGU